CCCGCGCGCCGUUCCCCGCAUCCUGCUUCCCUUCCACCGCCAUCCCGCACCGCCGUGCGCGCCCCAACGCACGCCCACGCUCGCUGAGCGUGCUCUCGCAGCGCAUCUGCUGCCGCGCACCUGCUCACCGCUUCGCGCUGCCGCCUGCCCGCCAUGAGCAAGUUCAUCCGCAACGGCGUGCCGCGCCACGACGACGGCCGCGUCAACUACAAGCCGCAGAAGCACCACGGCUACACGGGCGUCAUCAUCAUCCUCGGCUUCUUCCUGCCGCCGCUCGCCGUGCUGGCGCGCUUCGGCGUCGGCAAGGACUUCUUCAUCAACAUCGUCUGCACCAUCUGCGGCUACUUUCCCGGCCACGGCCACAACUUCUUCAUUCAGAACAUCCGGAACAACGACAACCAUCCGAACCGCACGCCGAAGUGGGCCAAGCGCUACGGUCUCGUCGACGACUCGUUCGACCGGCGGCGCAAGAAGAAGCGCGCGUGGACGGGCCGCUACAAUGACCAGCUGCCGGAGCGGCGCCUGUACGACGACGACGGCAACCCGACGACGUACGACAUGGACCACCGCUUCGAGGACGGCGAUGGUGGUGCCGCGCGCCGCCGCGCCGCCGUGCAGCGCGCGCCCGAGGGCUUUGAGGAGCAGUACUACAACGCCGACCCAGCGCCAGAGCGCAACGCGUGGGCCGGCGACGCCUACGACCAGCAGCGCAAUGGCUCGGCGGCCAGCCUCGGCGGCCCGCUGCCGGGCGCCGGCGAGGCGGAGCGGCGCAAGGCCAAGAGCAAGAGCAACAUGCGUGCGGCCUUUGGGCGCAAGAAGGACCGCCAUGCGCAGUCGCAACACGUCAUGGGCGACGGCGACGCGUACGACCACCGCGCCGCCAACGGCUACGCCGACCCCGACGCCGACCUCGGCGGGCGGCGGCGCAGCCUCGACUCGGACGACGAGGGCCCAGAGGAGGCAGGGCGCAACUACGCCAUCGGCUACUCCGUCGGCGGCGCGAGCGGCGCGACGGAGCGCGACACGUUCGGCGACGAGUGGCGCGCGCCAGCGCCGUCGUCGAAGCGCCAGCCCGAGGCGCCGCGGCACGAGUCGCGGCAACCGGCCGUCGACAUCAUGGAUCAGCGGCACGAGUUCUGAGCGUGCCGUGCCCUGUCCCUGGACCCUUUCCUCCUCUUCCCUGCUCCGUCUCUGGAGCGCCAUCAAUCUAUGUACAUAGUCGCGCUCACAGGCCCGCCUCCGUUCAUCUGCCGUCACGCCGCAAUCUCCACUCGUUCAGCCUCUGCCGUG